AUGUACCCCUCCCUCACCUCCACAACCACCGCCGAGCCGCAGCGCGCUGGCAGCAAGCGAGCCUUCGAGACCGUCUUCGCGAGUAGCACCCACGCGCAGCCGCUGCACAACGGCGCGCGGCCGUCGAGCUCGCAUAACGGCGCGGCGGCGAAGCUGGAUAAUGAGGAGAUGCUGCACCAGUAUAAGAUGGAGUAUAGACGCGCGGAUGGCGGGAGGCUUACGCGUGCAGUGCGGGAUUUCGAUGAAACUGUUUGAGUGGCCUGGAUGCGAUCGAGAGAGAGUUUCGAGAUCAGAGCAGGGGGGAGAGUAGUAAAUACAUACGUACACGCACUUUGAGAGUGACGGCAGGUGCUACACACUAGCCUACCAUUCAUCUCCCUCACCUCAACCACCACCAUUUCCUCCCCCCGCGACUUCAACAGCGCCCAUCACCCCCCCCCCC